AUGGGAGGCUUCACAGCCCAGCAACCGCCCUUAUUGCGGCUGCCCCCAGAGCUCCGCAACACCAUCUGGGCCAUGGUCGCCGAGCCUCUCCCCGUCGACUUUGAUUUCAACUGCGACGAGCAGCCCGUGAUGGGCCUCCUUAACACCUGCAAGCAGACAGCCAAAGAACUGGCGCCGCACUUGUUCCCCCGCAACAAGUCGGACGAGGUACCAUGCCUCACGAUCCGCAUUACAGCAACUUGUCGAAAAGACCAGUGGAUCACCAUUGCAUCUUCGCAUAGCUCCCACAGCACAGAUUUUCCGGCGCCGCGCUACCUUCACAUCAACAACAUGGACAACCCCGUGUUCGACGAGCUCCGGGGCGCAGCCAAGAUCAACAACGUCUUUGUCGAGUUUCGAGGACCGUGGUUCCCAGUCGACGCGCCGUGGUACUCCCCACAACAUGUCCCUAGGAAUACGGGCGAUUUCCGUUUCAUGAUGCUUAACAAUGAUCACCAAGGUGAACCUACCUAUGACAGCGAAAAGUUCUGGCGCCAGUGGCAGGUUCCAUUCCUCUGUCAUUGGGCAAAGGCCCACGACGUGGCACAUUUCCUCGGUUCCCUCAACAUAGGAAAUCUCGACAUCCAGUUCAUCGACUGGAAUAAGAAAUGGGCCAUGGUGAGACAGCGUAUCCUGCCCUUGUACUGGGAUGCCUUUCCGUUCGGAGGGAAAUGGAAGCGCGUUGGCGUCCCGGAACUGCUUCUCGCACCCUUCAAUCGCGCAGAGAACAUUCCAAAACUGGUCGACGAGCAGAAAGUAGUCACGCGAUUUGGACCAUUGAAUCUCAGCAGGCCGCGAAAAAAUGAGCUUCUGCGCUGCUACCCUCGUCCGGAAGUUCCUCUUGUUCUUACUUGGUUACGUUCGGACCGACCUCUACCUCUGUUCUUUUACCAUAGCAACCCCUGCACCCUCUCCGGAGCUGAACCUUUGGUGGUGGACUUUGAGGAUUUAGGGUACCGCUUUCUGUCGCUGCUGGAAGAGCUGGGGGAGGAACACUACGAUACAUGGGCGUUGCAGCAACACCGAGAGGCUACGCGCAAUACGUCGGCAGACAACUUCUUUCAACGGACCGUGGGCCGAGUGUAUCAAGAUGAUUCACCUACCGGUCAAUCGUAA